UAUUUCAUUCAAAACCCCUCUUAGGGGAUUCAAAAUUGGUUGUAGUGACGUUAAGAAACAAUUUUGCAUGAAGGGCUGAUGGAAGACGCAAGGGAUUUGGCUGAACGCACCCCGCGUUCAGAGCGGAAAAGGCGGGACUCCUUCGGGAUGUUUGAUGGCUAUGACAGUUGCAGUGAGGAUUCUAGCAGCAGCUCCAGCUCCGACGACAGUGAGGAUGAAGUGCCCUCCAUCCAGCCCAGCCUGCCCAUCAUCAAAAACAACGGCCAGGUUUACACUUAUCCAGACGGCAAAGCUGGAAUGGCCACCUGUGAGAUGUGCGGUAUGGUUGGUGUACGAGAUGCUUUCUACUCCAAGACGAAGCGCUUCUGCAGUGUGUCCUGCUCUAGGAGCUACUCCUCCAAUUCAAAAAAAGCCAGUAUCCUGGCCAGACUUCAGGGUAAACCACCGACAAAAAAGGCGAAAGUCUUACAGAAACAACCCCUCAUGGCGAAGCUGGCUGCUUACGCCCAGUUACAGGCUAGUCAACAGAUCCAGGCCAAAUCAAAAGCAGUGGUUCCUGUUGAGGAGUUUGACUGGGGUCGAUACAUCUGUAGCAAUAACCUGGUUGGGGCUCCAGUGAGCUGUUUCAAACAUGUUCCCGUGGGCAGAGUGUGGGGUGACCUAUCUGAGGGUGUACGGGUGGAGGUGCUAAACACAGACACCAACCUCUCCACUAAAGUCUACUGGAUCGCCGGCAUCGUCAAACUGGCAGGCUUGAAGGCACUCCUUCGAUAUGAAGGAUUUGAUAACGACAGCAGUAAAGAUUUCUGGUGUAAUCUGGGUAUCCCAGAACUCCACCCUGUGGGUUGGUGUGCCUCAAGCGGAAAACCUUUGUUCCCCCCCAAAACUAUUCAGCAUAAGCACCAAAACUGGAAAGCCUUCCUGGUCAAACGCCUCACUGGAGCCAAAACUCUGCCGGCCGACUUUUCUGCCAAGGUCCAGGAGAGCAUGCAGUACCCGUUUAAGAAGCUGAUGCGGGUGGAGGUGGUGGAUAAGACCCACCUGUGUCGGACCCGGGUGGCCCUGGUGGAGCAGGUGAUCGGCGGGCGGCUGCGUCUGGUUUACGAGGAGAGCCUGGACGGGUCGGACGACUUCUGGUGCCACAUGCACAGCCCCCUCAUCCACUCCAUCGGCUGGUCCCGCAGCAUCGGACACCGCUUCAAAAGAUCCGACGUGUCAAAGAAAACAGAAGGGCAGAUGGAUGCCCCUGCCAACCUGUUCAUAAAGGUGAGGGACGUUGACCAGAGCGGGGACUGGUAUAGAGAUGGGAUGAAGUUGGAGGCCAUAGACCCUCUUAAUCUCUCAGCCAUAUGUGUAGCUACUGUAAGAAAGGUCCUGGCCGACGGGUACCUCAUGAUCGGGAUAGAUGGUUCUGAGGCAGCUGAUGGAUCAGACUGGUUCUGUUACCACUCCACAUCACCCUCCAUCUUCCCUGCUGGCUUCUGUGAAAUUAACAGCAUUGAGCUUACCCCACCAAGAGGGUACACCAAACUCCCAUUCAAAUGGUUUGACUACCUCAGAGAAACGGGUUCAAUCGCAGCCCCAGUGAAGCUUUUUAACAAGGAGGUGCCCAACCACGGUUUCCGUCCAGGGAUGAAGCUGGAAGCCGUGGACCUGAUGGAGCCGCGGCUGGUGUGCGUCGCCACGGUGACCAGGAUCGUCCACAGACUCCUGCGGAUCCACUUUGACGGCUGGGAGGACGAGUACGACCAGUGGGUGGACUGUGAAUCCCCAGACCUCUACCCGGUGGGCUGGUGCCAACUUACUGGAUACCAGUUACAGCCUCCAGCUGCCCAGACCACAAGGGAACUUCCCCCAAACCUGACGAAACAGAAGAAGAAGACACCACAGUACAAGGGUCAGAAGAAAAAGGCCUCGCUGCAGCUGAAGGACGAAACACCCGAGGUGGACGAGUUUACCUUCUCACACGGCAUCUCAGACCAAGAGAGCAAUGGUUCCGGCAGUUUCUACAUCAAACAGGAACCCUGAGAG